CUACAACGUAAACUCCUCAUACCAAAACCUACCCUAAGACCUAUUCUGACCCAGGUCUUACCGUCAUUGCUAAUGCUCUUUGGUCGCCUCCCUUUGGUCCUUCCUCAACUCACACUUUCCGAUAAACCUCUCAAAUUCCGUGAUGUAGGCCGAUAUGUGGGCAUCUUAUUUCAAUCCACCCAUCAUAACAUGUUUACUCCCCACUACACCAAAAAGUGCGACGCUGCCGUUGGGACUGCAUGUGCAAUCACAGGCUGCAAUCUGGUUGUUGGAAAUCAUCGCAUGCCUCCCUCCAUCACUAAACAACUAUACACAGCGCUCGUGGACUGCCAUCUCACCAACGGUUGCGAGAUCAUACCUGAUAUUGACCUUAGCCUUUUCCAGAUCCUCAAAGACGUCCAAAUCCGCUUUCUACGCCGAAUGCUCAACCUCUCCAACAACUCAGUCAUCACACCACUGUUCAUCGAAUCAGGCAUCAUGCCUAUUCACACCUGCUGCACAUCGCUCGCACUCCGAUACCUCAAAUACCUCAUCACUCUCCCUCCUUCCCACUAUGCAUUCUCGGCCCUCUGGGAGAAAAACAACCUUCACCAUGCUGGCUGUCCAUGCUGGCUCUCAGACUUG